AUGAUCAACCAAGACCCAUCCGGAACGUUCUACCUAGAACAUCAUCACGAGAAGAGCAUUGCCGACUUGAUCGCAUGGCAUCUCGCUACGAAAACACCUUUAUCAGCAGCAUCUAACGCAAGAUUAAGACGUCCUGUCGAACGGACACAGUGGCUUCUCAAUCAUGAUUCAAUAGUACUCGUAAAAAAACUCGGUGAAGGAGCUUUUGGUGAAGUAUAUCUUGCUGAAUAUGGUAGCGGAAAGACGAAACAAGAGGUCGCAGUGAAAACGAUGAGGAACGAAGCUACACGAGAUGCUCGUUUAAAAUUUAUGAAGGAAGCACGACUUAUGAGAAAAUAUAAUCAUAAACAUGUGGUGAAAAUACUUGGUGUCGCUGUGCAUGAACAUCCUCUUAUGCUCGUUAUGGAAGUGUGUCCAAAUGGCUCAUUAGUUUCACAUUUACGGAAAAACCGAGGUAGCGUCACAUUGUCAGACAAGCUUCGAUUUGCUUUGGAAGCGUCCGAUGGUUUGGCGUAUUUGGAGAAAAAACUCUGCAUACACAGGGAUAUAGCAGCCAGAAAUUGUCUGCUAGGACCAAAAUAUGAAAUUAAAAUCGCUGAUUUUGGCAUGUCAGAUGAUAAAGUUAUAGUUCAUGAUGAUACACUUGAAAAGGUUCCAGUAAAAUGGUUAGCUCCGGAAACACUUCAAGAUAAAAUUUAUUCGCUCAAAACAGAUGUUUGGUCGUAUGGUGUGUUGGUGUGGGAGAUUUAUGCCGAUGGUCAGGAACCGUAUCCCGGUCUAACAAGACUACAAACUCGAGCGAAAAUUGUUGUUCAGAAUUACAGAAUGGAAAUGCCCAAGGAAACACCCAAGAGUGUUGCUGAAGUGGUAUACUCAUGUUGGGAGAAAGAUCCGGCUCGACGGCCAGAGAUGUCACAAAUUCAUCGGACAUUGAAGGUCAUCUCCGAACGAACGCGAGUCGGCUAA